AGAUUGAGUUUAAAUAAGGGCGAAAGUAACAUGAGAGAGUUCUCUUCAUCGACUCUCUCUUCUGCAAAUUAAAGUGACAAGAUGCAAAUUCGAUCGAACUUUUUUACACUUAGACGCUAGAUUACAUCGCAACCUAGCGAUUUAUGACCAAAAAGUUCAACAAUACUUGCAUCUUGUCACUUUGAUUUGAAGAAGAGAGAGUCGAUGAAGAGAACUCUCUCAUGUUACUUUCGCCCUUAUUUAAACUCAAUCUAGAUUUGCAGAAGAGAGAGUCGAUGAAGAGAACUCUCUCAUGUUACUUUCGCCCUUAUUUAAACUCAAUCUAGAUGUGGAUAUUUUUAACAGACAGUGGAGGCUUUUACGAACAUACUAACAUUAUCAUUAUGUGUAAAUACCCUCUGAAUCUGUUUGAUUUUGAAUUAAAUUCAAACCAAUGUCCUCUAGGGGUCCAAAAUUCAACCGUUACCCUAGUGUGUUGGCAAAAGUGUUGAGUGACAGAGGCCGUAACAUUCGGCGUUCCCAGGUUGAUUUGAUCCCUGGUUGGUCGGUGCUGGAGCUGCUAGAAGAGCAUUGUGUAGUUGUUAGCUGUCGGACGGAAGGACGGACGAGCCAACGAAACCCGUUCAGGAAGAUUGAGCUUCACGGAGUCGGAUCGAUUGUUGCCUGCUAAAGCCGCCGAAUUGGGGCGCGGUUGUACGGUGCUUGACGUGGUGGUACGGUGUUUCGUGCAGUGGUGCGGCGCUUGGAGCGGUGGUACGGUGCUUGGUGCGGUGUGGCGGCAGAAAAGGGAUAAAGGUACGUGAUUGUUUUAUUAAUUAGACGUGGAUCAAACCAAACACGUUUUGUAUUUUUCUGUUGCAUUUCAAGUGGUGAACCAAACUGCGCGCCAUGGGACUAAUUGGCUCGAUUGACCCGUAUGUUCAGGGUACUUCAUUUUCUCACUAUGUUGAGCAAAUGGAGUUCAUUUUCUCUAGCAAUGACAUUGUGGAGGGUAAAAAGAAAGACAUUUUUCUAAGCUUGUGUGGGAUAACGGUGUUUCAGGAGUUGAAACGACUCUAUCCGUCAACGGAUUUGAAAACCGUAUCCUAUGCGGAUAUUAUAAAAAAACUGAAGGAACGUUACGAUAAGGUAGAAUCGGACAUUGUGUUAAGAUACAAGUUUAGAUGCAGAGUACAGGGUCCAGGUGAGACAAAUGAGAAUUUUUUGUUGGACGUUAAGUUGCUGGCAGAGGCGUGUGAUUUUGGAGAGUUUCGAGACUCGGCUAUUAGGGACCAAUUGGUUUACGGGGUCUACGAUAAGGGAUUACAACAAAGACUUUUAGAUGAAGAGAAUUUAACAUUGAAAACGGCAGAGCGUAUUUUGAAAGCCAAAGAAAUUACAGCAAACAGUUCACAGGCCAUUAAUAGGAAUGGCGCUGUAAAUUCGGUGAAACAAAGAUUAGGAUGGACUGAAUCUAGAGAUAAUAGGAAAGUUUACGAGGAUAGAACAGGUGAGAGAGGAAGAAGAGAAAGGAGCAGAUUUGAUGAUAGGCAUUCGCAAUACUCUCAUGGCGGAUAUAGAUCUAGGUCGAGGUCGCAGACAAAAGGACGUUAUGCUAAUUUUGUCUGCCAUUAUUGCAAGAUGAGAGGUCACAUCCAGAAAAACUGUUACAAAUUCAUCAACGAGCAGAAACGUCCGGUUAAAUUUGUAGAUGAAGCUGCAAGUGUGGAGAAUCCUCAUGAGUAUUUCAAAAGGCUAAGAGCGGACUACGACAGCGACGUUGAAUCAGAUCGCCAUCGGAGCUCAUCUCCUGACGGCCCACAGGGGGCAGAUAAAGCUAGCCAAGGCCAAUGAACGACGGCGAAAUGUUUCGCUUCAUGUGGCGGAGGAGAGGACGGUCGGGCGUCGAACGCGAAAGAGAAAACACAUCGAUUCUGAAGACGAGGAGCCUUUUCUGGGUUUCGAGGAUUCCGCUGCACCGCCACCUGCUAGAAACGAGCUGCAUCCGGGGGCGUUACAGGAGGAUACCCAAAGAUCUCAGCCGGGGAGUUCGAAGUCUACACCUGCUGCAGUUAGGCGUUCGAAGAAGAAUAUAAAGCGAUCGAAAAAUGAUGAAUUUUUAUAUUACUAAAAAGGUGAAACAUCAGUGUACAUACAUUAAAAUACGUAGUAGAUGAAAAACCAGAGAAAACCUUUCGAAGAAUUGAAUAAUUAAAGAUAUAUGUAUUUUCAAACUAAAAGGGGAAGGAACUGUCGUGUACUCACUUUCAAUUGAACUGUUUUAGAGUGUACAUUACCCCGCAUAGCCAAAGUGAUCUAAAAGCGAAAGUAAGAAUAAGUAAAGAAGAGCUGGAAUUCUGAACGAGGUUUGCUGUAAACAAAAAGCAAUAAAGUCACUCUCUUAUGUUUCUACCGUAGACUAGUGCAGUCCUCUAACAUAUCACAGAAGUGUUGGGUUAAGCUUUAGAUUGACACCUGAGCUGCCACUCAGCACAAACAAUAUUGGAAUAGUUUGGAGUCAUGUCGUCAAAUAAAAUUGUAUUGCACCGAGCCAUCUCCAGGGGUAGCGAAGUAUCUAACAAAUCUGUCCCAGCAGAAAUGCUGCAUGUUGGUCAAAGCAUUAACUGGCGACUGCCGACUCAGCUGUCGUAUUGCGAAUAUUCAGCAAGCUCAUUCAUUUGUGUGUGAUAACAGUGAAUCCGAUUAUGGAACUUCGUAUCAUUUGAUAUGUAACUGUCCAGUUUUUGCCCAACUGCGUUUCU